CCAACUGUGCACACACAGGUCCAACAAAGCUCUUCAGCGCAAAUAUCAAUAAUGGCCAAAUUAUGCUACUUGUUGUGCUUGGCGCUAAUUAGCGCAGUUUAUGCUGUGGAGCUGCAUGCGGAGCCUGAUUAUGGCCCAGUGGCGUACGAGUUCCAUUGGAGCGUCAAUGAUCCGCAUACGGGCGACAUUAAGAGCCAAAAGGAGACACGCAAGGAUGACAAAGUCGAGGGCCAAUAUACACUCGUCGAUGCCGAUGGCUAUUUGCGCACCGUGGACUACACUUCGGAUGCUCACAACGGCUUCAAUGCUGUGGUGCGUCGCGAGCCCACAGACAUUAAGAUACCGCAACCUGCAGCGGAGCCCAAGAAGCUGCUGGCAGCCAAGAUUAUUGCUCCCAUCGUGCACUAUGCACCCAAGGCUCUGCUCAAGGUUGAGCAUCCUGCUGAGGGCAACUAUGUUUCCGUUUCGGGACCAGUGGCUCAGUACAAAUACUGACGAGCAUCAUUAUCAUUGACUACCCAUCAACAUCUUCAACUUCAUGAACUGCAAGGAAUCUCUUAAGCGUUAUCAAUUGCAUACAUCAUAAUUAAGUUAUAUACAUACAUACCCUAACAUGCAUACAUACAUACAUCAUAUAAGAUGCA